AUGAGUGAUGAAGUCGUUACUGUAGUUAAAAGGAGUAAGGGUCAAACACAGGAAAACAUCCAAGAUAGACCACUUCAGCGUCAUUACUACCAGGGCUCUGAUGCCCUGAUCUUUGUUGUCGACAGCAAUGACAGGGAUAGAAUGGAGCAGGCAAGGGACGAGCUGCACAGUAUUUUGUCAGAAGAGGAGAUGAAAGAGGUGGUCCUUCUGGUUUUGGCCAACAAGCAGGAUGUGGCCAGUGCCCUCAGCAGUGCUGAGGUGGUUGAAGCCCUGGGGCUGAAUGCCAUUAGACACCAGUGGUAUAUCCAAUCUGCGAGUGCCAUAAAAGGUGAUGGAUUAUUUGAAGGAUUAGACUGGCUGACAAACACACUGGCCAAUAGAAAGAUGGAAGAAAUGCUCGUCAACCCUGUCAAUCAGACUGUUUCCAAGGCAACAGGAUUGGCCAAGGAGGGGGUGGGUCACAUUGCCAAAAGGUUGCUGAAAAAGUGGUUCACUUGA